AAGCUCGUCGUCCGCUUCCUCCUCCGCUUCGCCCCCUUCCAGGCUCCAUCUCUCCGCAGCGACCUUGCUCUGAGCCCUCCAAUGGCGAAGACGAGGGCCGAGCCCGACUCCUCAAAGAUGAAUAAGACGAAGACGAAUAAGAGGAAGAGAGCGAAAAGCCUCCUCUCGCGCACCGCCGCCGCCGCCGCCAUGAAAUCGGCGAACCCGGCGAAGGAGAACCCCUUCGAGACCAUAUGGUCUCGCCGCAAGUUCGACAUCCUCGGUAAGAAGCGCAAGGGCGAGGAGCGCCGCAUUGGCCUUUCCCGUUCUCUCGCCAUCGAAAAGAGGAAGAAGACUCUACUGAAGGAUUACGAGGAAAGUGCUAAGUCGUCAAAGUUUGUCGAUAAGCGAAUUGGUGAGCAGGAUGAUACCCUCAAAGAAUUCGACAAGGCGGUCUUACGUCUCCAGCGUGAACGGCUGUUGAAGUUGAAAAGAGCAAGAAAAUAUGAUUUGUCUGAUGGUGAGGACGAUGACAUUGAAGUUCAUCAAACACAAACUCUUUCAGAAAGGGAUGAUUUUGAGGAAGAGAUACCUCUUGACGAUGACGAUAAAGGUCAUCGACAUGCAUCACGACAUCUAAAUAUGCUUGAUAUGCCCCACUCUCCAGAAACUGCCUUAUUGGAUGAAGAGGAAAAGGCCCCCAAAAGCAAGAAACAGGUAAUGCAGGAGAUUAUUUUGAAGAGCAAAUAUUACAAGGCCCAAAAGGCAAAGGACAGGGAAGAAGAUGAACAUCUUAUGGAAAAAUUAGAUAAAGACUUUGAAUCGUUGGCCCAAUCAGAGGCACUUUUAUCUUUGAUGCAACCUAAUAAGAUGAAUGCUUUAAAGGCUCUAUUGAACAAGAAUGAUAAAAUACAGACUCAGAAAGAAGGGUCAUUUGGUUCCACAAUCAAAGAACCCCUUGAUAAGGAGAAGCGCGAUGCUUAUGACAAACUGGUCAAAGAGAUGGUUAUGGACUCACGAGCUCGGCCAUCUGACAGGAGAAAGACUCCAGAGGAAAUAGCCCAAGAAGAGAGAGAAAGACUUGAAAAAUUGGAGGAGGAACGCCAAAAGCGGAUGCUUGCACAUGACGACUCCUCUGAUGAUGUCAGUGAUGAUGAUGAAGAUAUCCAAAAAAUGGUAUCAAAGAGGUCGAGAUCGAUUUCUGGUGACGAUCUUGGUGAUUCCUUUUCUUUUGAUCAGGAAACAGCAAAUAAAAAGGGUUGGGUUGAUGGUAUAUUUGAAAAUAAGGAUGUAAAUGAUGAUGAUGAAGAAGAUGGCACAUCCUCCGAUGAUUCAGAAACAAACAAUGAAGAUGAUGAUGAUGAUGAUGAUGCAAGCGACAAAGAUGAUUCUAGUGGUCAUGACUUGGGAGAUAUUUCAAUGAGAGACUGGGAGCAAAGUGAUGAUGAUGAUCUUACUUUAGAUGCAGAGGAAGAAGAAAAAGAAGAAGAAGCAGAGGAUGUCAAUGAGAGAGAAAUUAAGCUUGGCAAGAAAAUUCGUGAAGAAAUGCAGAGAAAAGGUUCUCAAGAUACUCAAAGGGGAGAGGUUGCUGGAAAAAUGCCUCCGGUUAAGGAUGUCGGACUCCCAUUUGUCAUUGAAGCUCCUAAUAGCCUGGAAGAACUAUGUUUAUUGUUGGAUAAUCGUUCUGAAACUGAAGUUAUUGAGGCUAUAAACCGAAUCCGUGCUUGCAAUUCUAUAAGGCUUGCUGCUGAAAACAGAAAGAAAAUGCAAGUAUUUUAUGGUGUUCUACUGCAGUAUUUUGCAGUUUUAGCCACUCGUAGUCCAUUGAAUCUCAAGUUAAUUAAUUCACUUGUGAAGCCACUAAUCGAGAUGAGUACAGAGACACCAUAUUUUGCUGCUAUCUGUGCCCGGCAACGGCUAAUACAUAUUCGAAAUCGACUUUGUGAAGACAUUAAGAUUCCAGGAAAAAGCAGCUGGCCAAGUUUGAAGACGCUGCUUCUGCUGAGGCUAUGGUCACUAAUAUUCCCUUGCUCGGACUUUCGUCAUGUUGUGAUGACUCCAACGCUUGUCCUCAUGUGCGAGUAUUUGAUGCGAUGUCGAAUAGAGUCUGGUCGUGAUAUAGUUGUUGGUUCUUUCUUAUGUUCGUUGGUGCUCUUGGUUACUAAACAAUCUCGGAAGUUCUGCCCUGAGGCUAUUACCUUUUUGCAAACUCUCCUGGUGUCCUGCAUGGAGUUUAAACGAGGAUCAAGAGUACAUUCUCAGCUUAUUAAUCAUCUUCUGGAGCAUAAAACACAGAAACCCUGGCUUCUUAUAAAUGAUCGAGUGUCCGAGUUAAAUCAUAUUGAUUUUCUCAGAGCGAUGGACAUGCGAGGGGAUUCUCCUUAUUUUUUCUCUAAUGAUUUUAAGGCUAGUGUUAUAGCAUCGGUGGUUGAGACUCUAAAAGGAUUUGUUAGUAUAUAUGAUGGUUUGAGCUCCUUCCCAGAAAUAUUCCUUCCAAUCUCCACUUUGCUGCUUGAAAUUCUAGAGAACCCUAACAUACCGGACUUGUUAAAAGACAAUUUGCGAGAUGUUAUUGAUUUGAUAAGGGAAAAGGUGGAUGAACUCCACAUGCUGAGGCGACCACUCCAAAUGCGGAAGCAAAAGCCGGUGCCUAUCAAAUUGUUGAAUCCAAAAUUCGAAGAGAACUAUGUAAAGGGUAUAGACUACGAUCCCGAUCGAGAAAGGGUGGAGAGGAAGAAGUUGAAGAAGCGUCUAAAGAGCGAAAAGAAAGGGGCAGUACGCGAACUACGGAAAGACAACUAUUUCUUGUCUGAAGUGAAAGAGAGGAGCAGGAUCGAACGCGAACAGGAAAGGGCGGAACAAUACGGCAGGGCCAUGGAUUUCCUCCAAAAGCAGGAGCAUGCUUUCAAAUCCGGACAGUUAGGAAAAGGGAGGAAAAGGAGGAAGUGAAGCUUCUGUUCAUGUUUUCUUUCGGUCUUGUUGUCUAACUUGCGGUUCGCCUCGCGAGCUCUUGAAGGAAUUUGGAGAUACAGUUAUUUAUACAGCUAGUGCAAGAAAAUACGGUUGCUGUCGGCGCCUGGGACUAAAAAGGUGCGACAUGCAGUCCAAGAACGAAGAGUUUUGCAGUAUAUAAUACUCUCGCGGCUCGGCUUGACCGCUGGAGGGAUAGGAGCAUAAAAUGUGUAUGAUUAUUUUUGCUAGUUUCAGCUAUUUGCUCUUCCAUUUACAAGGUUUCAUGACUUGGCACAGUUCGCAAGUAAUGCUUGCAUUUGUGGUGGUUCACCCAAGAUAGUUGUUAAUUUAAGCACCGGAUCCCUUACUUCUAAUUUUCUUCUUUUAAUU